AUGACUACUUCUCCAUUAAACUAUCCUCCUUGUGAGAAAGAGACCGACUUUCUCAACGAACACCUCUUCAGGAGUAUUGAAUCUAUUAUGUUUCCAUUUGUAAUGAUUAUCAAUGUAGCCGCCUUCUGUAGUAUUCUAUUCCUAUCGCCCAAAACGAUGAAAAACUACAAAUGGCUGCUCCUCAACUAUCAAUCAAGGUUGAAAAAAAGGAACCUUUGUUAAAUUAUAUCUAGGAUUUUUAAGCAUCAUGAUUAUGGAUUUUCUGUGGAUGGUGUUUCUGACUCCGUACUUUUACCUUCCUGUAAUGGGUGGCUGCUCCGUCGGUUGGUUUCAAACAAUCGGAAUUCCGAUUGAGGUUCAAAUAUCCAUUGGGUCCGUUUCAUGUACAAGUUGGUCAUUGAUAAGAAAUCAGCUGAUUUAUCAUUUUUUUUUCAAGACGUCGAGUCAGCCAUUUUGGCUCUGUUUGAAUACCGCCAUCAUAAUGUUCUUCCGGCCAAAAAUGCCUUCCGAUUCAGUACAAAGCAUCGGGUUGUCUUUCUGAUCAGCCACUAUAUUAUCUCCUCUUCUGCCCUUAUUAUCCUUGUGGUAAUAGCGCCUUCUGAUCAAUAUGCGGCCAAAAUCAAAGGGAUAGAAGUUGAACAUCUUUUUCGAGCAGUACUAUACUUUCAUUUUAGCUUCUCCAAUGCGUACCCAAAAAAAUAUUCACGUCUUGCGCUUUUGUUCUCGACUCGACGGCAAAGCUGGAGAUAUUCCUAGCCUUCCAGGCCGUUUCUCUUCCCGGCUUGUACGGGUUUUUUUGUUUUCAUGGACUUUAUAUACUGAACAAGCAGAACACCCAUAUGUCGGCCAAAACCAAGCAGCUUCAGAAAUUUUAUUUCUACAAUUUGUGUGGACAGGUCAGAACAAUUUAUGGAGAUUUUAUCGACCAAACUCUUUUUUUAGGUUAGUAUUCCUAUGGUUUUCAUAUGUCUGCCCAUUGGCGCAAGCGCUUUCCUCGGUAGAACUGGCAGCUCUUCUCAAGGUUUUUUGA